AUGCAUGUUUGGAAGCAGUGGACGGACGAGUGUCAGACAACUCGGAAAUCCGGGAGUGGACCCCGAAAUGUCACGUCAGCUCGCGAUGAUAGACACCUGGUCCGCAUGGUGCUAACAGACCGUACGGCUCCCUCUAGACAACUGGCAGAACAGUGGUCAAUAGCUACAGGUGUUUCAUUGUGUGCUUCAUCAAUUCGUAGACGUCAACAGCAGCGUGGACUGCGCGCAAGGACUCCUUUAUACAGGAUCACCAUCACGGUAAACCAUAGCCGCCUGCGGCUACAAUGGGCCAAUCAGCAAAGGAACUGGCGUGCUGAUUGGCAGCGUGUCGUGUUUUCUGACGAAUCCCGCUUUAAUUUGUGGUACCAUGAUGGCCGCAUUCGUGUCCGACGCUAUGCCGGUGAACGCCACCUUCUGGAGUGCAUUAUCGAAAGCCACAGUGGACGAACACGCGGAGUUAUGGUCUGGGGUGCCAUAGCAUAUCAUGGACGAUCUUAA